AUGCCCGUGGUGGUCAAGGCAAUGAGCGGAGAGAGACCUAUCCUGAAAAUCUACGGUACAGACUGGGAGACGAAUGAGGGCACCGCCAUUCGAGAUUUCAUUCAUGUCAGCGACCUUGACCAGGGGCAUAUCGCUGCCUUAACAGACAAUGAAAUCGCAUCUGCAAAGGUGGUUUCCAUAUUUUCAAACUCGGGACAGGAUAGGGCCAUUCAAAUAACCGCCCAUCCCAAUCUCAACUUCAUAAUCAUACUGAAUCCACACAAUGGUCCUGGGUCUUCCCCACUCCCGGACGAGGACUAUGGUCGGGAAAUCCGAAGGCUAACUGCUCGACCUAACGUGCGUACCGUUGGGUACGUUCGUAUCAACUACUGCAAGAGGGACGUGACGACAGUUUACGAGGAGAUCGUGAAGUACGCCGGGUGGUCAAACGAUCACAGCACGACGGGUUGGGGGGUGCACGGAAUCUUCUUCGAUGAGACACCGAACCUGUAUUCGGACAAGGCGGCCUCGUACUUGGAAAUUGCUAGCCAGACUGUCAAAGCUACCCCGGGCAUCUUGGGAGACAGGAUGGUCAUCCACAACCCAGGAACGGUCCCUGACGCUAGGCUCGCCGAACCUGGUCCUGACGUGACAACGGUCUUGGAAGAACCAUACAAGAAGUACCGAUCUGCCGCGCUUCAAGAGCGACUGUCCACGCUACUGCCUUAUGACCGACCAAGAUGCAGCUACAUGGUGCACUCAGUGCCGCGGGAAAAGGUGAAGGAAUUGGUUUUCGAAUUGCGAUGUCGUGGAGAGUUCUUAUUUGUUACCGACCAGCGCUGUCAUUUCUACACUCGAUUCGGGUCGAGCUGGAGCGAUUUCAUUGAGGCCAUGGAGAUAGAGUGCUGA